AAAUAGUUCAAUCCCUGUGAGGGCUUUCUUGAAUGUUCUGUAUCUCUCUUCAGGAGCAGGUCCCUGUGAACGUCUUAUGCGUGUUCAACUUACGUGGAUAUAAUGUCCAAAGCUUGUAAAGAGAUUGAUUGGAUAUUUUGCUCAGGUGAUUCUGCCCCUAGCAGUUUCCUAUAUAUCUGAGGCACAUACAGUUAGUCUGAAUAUAUAUUUACAGGUGGCAUUUUUACCCUACGGAUUUCUUUAAAAACCAGCCUUGACAUCAUCGCAGAACGAAAAUGUUGCUCUUGAACUGGAAGGCGUUGGAAAACUUUCCACUGCUAAUGUAUAUUUUAGCAGCUAAAACAUUAAUUCUUUGCUUAGCAUUUGCUGGGGUAAAAGUGUACCAGAAGAAAAGGCUUGAAGAAAAAAUGAAAAAGGAACAGGAGGAGAAACAGAAAAUAAAAGAUGAGAAGAAGGAAAACUAAGGGCUCUUAAUAGAUUGUCAGCUAUUUGGCAGCUCACUCGGCUUCCUUUCCUGGGAGAACUGAAGACUUCACUGAACACUCACAGAGAAAUGAAUUCCCCAAGUGCAACAAUUACUUAAAGAAUGUGGUGAAUGCUUUUGGGUUGUUGUUUUUCUAUAUGUUGUAAGAAUAUUUUUGUCACCUAUUUAUACAGUAAAAACUUCCUUUGUAAAACUGAUGUCUCAUUGGAAAUUUGACAUGUAAAGUUGCUGUGAUAAAAGAGGCUGUCUAAAAUUUUCUUAUGAGGUAGCAUCUCAUAAUUAAAUGGAUCAUCUAUUUCC